AUGGUUGUCCCGUCACUAUCGAGCGACAACGCAUCGGAAGCCUCCUCGUCGACCAGUCUGUCCCUAGACACGAGAUGGGCGUCCGGGAUCGCAGGCCAAGAUAUUCUCGAGGACGACGGCACAGGGGCUCUCGUUGUGCCUGCUCACCGAGCCCGCCUCCACCAGCACAUAUACAUCUGCCUCUUCCACAUCCUGGACUGCCAUCACACGUUCGAUGACCCCGAUCAAUGGAGGACCCACGUAUAUAGCCAUUUUCGGACCCACGAGCCGCCUCGCACGGCGCGCUGUCCGCUGUGCCCGACGCAGCGGUUCAGCGAUACCCCCACUGACAAGGGCUGGGAUCUCAUGCUGGACCAUGUGGUCGGAGCGCACUACCAGCAGGGCCAGACUCUUGCCGGCAGUCGUCCGGAUUUCGAGCUGAUGCAGUACCUCUACCGUCUGCGGAUCAUCAGCGUGGAUCAGUUCAAAGUCAUGCAGAUGCCGCCGCCGCCGUCGAGUCCCGCAUAUCACCGAUCGCAGGAACCCGUUCGCGCGAGUAUCGGCUCGUCCGACGAGCCGUAUUGUGCGCCGUAUAGUCGGCGACGAGAGGAAAGAGUGCGGGGCCAGCGGAGGGGGGUGAGCGUUGCGUAA